UUCCCGAGUUCACGUCACCCGCACACGGGUUCACGUGCCUCGGCUGUGCUUCGAACCGCUCCACUUUGCUUUAUGGAGAGAGUAACUGCAGACUCUGAUUUUAAUACCUCGCGUUUCAACAUUUUAACAAGGCAUUUGAAACGAAGGAGGUAAAAAGAAAUGCGCGGUCUCUAUGUGCUUCUGUUCCUGACAGUCGGCUAUGUGUGUGACGCCCUACCGGCCGCGUACCUCAAAGAUCCUGUCAACGACAGACCGAUUAUCGGCAUUUUGACCCAGGAAGUAGUAGACGAUGAAAUGAAGCCCUAUGGAAAGACAUAUAUCCCCGCAUCGUAUGUGAAAUACCUGGAGUCUGCUGGGAGCAGAGUGAUGCCUGUCAGAUUGAAUCUGACAUUUGCUGACUAUGAAAAGAUCUUCAAUUCAAUAAAUGGGAUGCUGUUUAUUGGGGGUGCUGUUGAUUUAGAGACCUCAGAUUUUGCAAAAGCUGCUAUCAUUUUUUACCAGCUGGCUCUAAAGGCCUAUGACUCAGGAGACUAUUUUCCCAUGUGGGGGACAUGUCUGGGGCACCAGCUACUGACUGUGUUAGUAGCCAAAGAGAACCUCCUAACCAAGACGCCUGCAGAAAACCUGGCUUUGCCUCUCAACCUGACAACCGCCGCAAAAUCCAGCCGUGUGUUUGAGAAUUUUCCACAUGAAACUUUGAAGGCUUUGACCCAGGAGCCACUGACUGGAAAUUUCCAUCACUAUGGCGUGACUUUUGAGACAUUCAAAGGCAAUGAAAAAUUGGAACAAUUCUUUUCCAUCCUGUCCACAAACAUAGCAGAAAAUGGCGUGAAGUUCGUUUCCACAAUGGAAGGAAAGAAAUAUCCAUUUUAUGGAGUCCAGUGGCACCCAGAGGUCAAUCGGUUCGAAUGGGACCCAAAGGUGCAAUAUCCACAUUCAAGGAAUGCAGUUCGAGUGUCGUCUUUACUGGCAGAGUUCUUUGUCAAUGAAGCCAGGAAGAGUUCCCAUCACUUCUCCAAUCCUGAAGAUGAAGAGGCAGCACUGAUGUACAAUUAUGUUCCCAUGUUUACUAGCGCGUUCACCAGCUACAACCAGGUCUACUUCUUCUGAUACACCCAGACAGAACUCAGAUAUCCUCAGUCUGAACUUCCUCAGGUCUCAACCACACAGUUUGAUGGAGCAAAAAGGAGAAAUGCAAUUCAGAAUUCCAUUCCAUAAAAUUGGGAUCUUUUUAUUCCAGAAGUUCAGUUUGGGAUUGACCAGUAUAGUUGUGUGCACACUUCCGUCUUUAAUACGUUUGUACUCUCAAACAUGACACUCUGUCUAAGCAAUGUUUCUCAUUCAGCAGAGAUGUGGGGUGACUCAUUAAAACUCAGGAAUGCAGAACUAGCAGGGUCAGACUAACUCUGCCUUUCUUGGUUUAAUCUUUACACAUGUACUUUUUUUUACUCUUUACUAUUUGGCUGUAUUUUAGAAUGGGGGAUGCAAAAGUUGGUUUUCUUGGGUAUUUUAUGAUGACACAAUGUUGCCAUUUUAAGGCUGGUCACUUGGUAUUAUGGAAAAAUAGCUAACCUGAUGACUACAUUUCUGAUGAUAGCCAAUGCCCUGCAUUUCCACUAAACCUGUAACAAUAACAAGCUGCCAAAAUACUUGUAUUACUUUAUUCCUAUGUUUACUGCAAAAUAAUUAAAAAUGUGUUCUCAAAAAGGUUGGACUGUGGUGUUAGAAAGUACUUGCAUUAAAUUAUGUUCUUUCCAAGUGUAUUUCUGUACAACUAUGUGUCAAAUACUAGUUUGUGGAGGGAAUGAUUUUGUGCUCAUUUGCUCUUAAAUUAUGUACUGUUUUUUCCCCUCCGGUGUGUGAUUUUAUUUUUACUCUUAAGUAAAGUGCAUUUGGAAAUUGAGACUGUUUUAAAAAUAAAAACGUUUGAAUUAUCA